CGCAGCGUUCCCGCGGGUCCCCGGCGCGCACCCUCGGCCCCAGCAGCAUCCGCCCGGCGGGCGCACCCGGGCGGGCGAGGAGGGGGCGCCCGUCCGGGUGGGUGGGGCGGGGAGGGUAACCGAGGUCACGGACUCCGCGGGAGAGGCUGGGGCGGCCGCGGCGGUGGCGGAGCUGCGGGGUCCUGCCGACCCUCACCUUCGGCCCGGGAAAUAACCAAUGUGAAACAUGUUGCAGAAGCAUUCAAGAAGUGGCUGAAGGGGGAGGAAAAAAGUGCCAUUGCCUCUCAGAAAAAAACAACAAAACAACAAAACAAAACAUGGGAAAUACAACCACCAAAUUUCGUAAAGCACUCAUCAAUGGUGAUGAAAACCUGGCCUGCCAAAUAUACGAAAACAACCCUCAGCUAAAAGAAUCCCUUGAUCCUAAUACAUCUUAUGGGGAACCCUACCAGCACAAUACUCCAUUACACUAUGCUGCUAGACAUGGAAUGAAUAGAAUAUUAGGGACUUUUCUUUUUGGUAGAGAUGGAAAUCCAAAUAAACGGAAUGUGCACAAUGAAACAUCUAUGCAUUUGUUGUGUAUGGGACCUCAAAUUAUGAUAUCUGAAGGAGCCCUUCAUCCUCGUUUAGCACGCCCCAUGGAAGAUGAUUUUAGAAGAGCAGAUUGUCUGCAGAUGAUCUUAAGAUGGAAAGGAGCCAAACUUGACCAAGGGGAAUAUGAGAGAGCAGCUAUUGAUGCUGUAGAUAACAAAAAAAACACACCCCUGCACUAUGCUGCUGCCUCAGGGAUGAAAACCUGUGUAGAGAUUUUAGUAAAACAUGGAGGAGACUUGUUUGCUGAGAAUGAGAAUAAAGAUACUCCUUGUGAUUGUGCUGAAAAGCAACACCACAAAGAUUUGGCCCUUAAUCUGGAAUCCCAAAUGGUAUUCUCACGAGAUCCCGAAGCUGAAGAAAUAGAAGCUGAGUAUGCUGCAUUAGACAAACGAGAGCCGUAUGAAGGAUUAAGGCCUCAGGAUCUUCGUAGAUUGAAGGAUAUGCUUAUUGUGGAAACUGCAGACAUGCUCCAAGCUCCACUGUUUACUGCUGAAGCUUUACUUCGAGCUCAUGACUGGGACAGGGAGAAAUUACUUGAAGCUUGGAUGUCUAACCCAGAGAAUUGCUGCCAACGAUCAGGUGUGCAAAUGCCAACUCCACCACCAAGUGGGUGUAAUGCCUGGGACACGCUCCCUUCUCCAAGAACUCCAAGGACUACACGCUCUUCCGUUACCUCUCCAGAUGAAAUAAGUUUGUCUCCUGGGGAUCUGGACACCAGUUUGUGUGACAUUUGUAUGUGCAGUAUUUCUGUAUUUGAAGACCCGGUGGAUAUGCCCUGUGGACAUGAUUUCUGUAGAGGAUGUUGGGAGUCGUUUUUGAAUCUGAAAAUUCAAGAAGGUGAAGCCCAUAAUAUUUUCUGCCCUGCAUAUGAUUGCUUCCAACUUGUUCCUGUGGAUAUCAUAGAAAGUAUAGUUUCUAAGGAGAUGGACAAACGAUACCUACAGUUUGAUAUUAAGGCCUUUGUUGAAAAUAAUCCUGCCAUUAAAUGGUGUCCUACUCCAGGCUGUGAAAGAGCAGUCAGACUAACAAAACAAGGCUCAAAUACAUCUGGGUCUGAUACACUCAGCUUCCCCUUGCUCAGAGCUCCUGCUGUGGACUGUGGAAAAGGACACCUCUUCUGCUGGGAGUGCCUUGGUGAAGCACAUGAGCCUUGUGACUGCCAAACAUGGAAAAAUUGGCUACAAAAGAUAACUGAAAUGAAACCAGAAGAACUUGUGGGAGUUAGUGAAGCUUAUGAGGAUGCUGCCAACUGUCUCUGGUUGUUAACUAACUCCAAGCCUUGUGCUAACUGUAAAUCUCCAAUACAGAAGAAUGAGGGAUGCAAUCACAUGCAGUGUGCUAAGUGCAAGUAUGACUUUUGCUGGAUUUGCCUAGAAGAAUGGAAAAAGCACAGUUCUUCCACAGGCGGUUAUUAUAGAUGUACUCGCUAUGAAGUCAUUCAACAUGUGGAGGAGCAAUCCAAGGAAAUGACUGUGGAGGCUGAGAAAAAACACAAACGGUUUCAGGAACUUGACAGAUUUAUGCAUUAUUACACGAGAUUUAAAAACCAUGAGCAUAGCUAUCAGUUAGAACAACGCCUUCUUAAAACAGCUAAAGAAAAGAUGGAGCAAUUGAGUAGAGCUCUCAAAGAAACUGAAGGAGGCUGUCCAGAUACCACUUUCAUUGAAGAUGCAGUUCAUGUGCUCUUAAAAACUCGGCGUAUCCUCAAGUGUUCUUAUCCCUAUGGAUUCUUCUUAGAACCUAAAAGCACAAAGAAAGAAAUUUUUGAACUCAUGCAAACAGACCUAGAAAUGGUCACUGAAGACCUUGCCCAAAAAGUCAAUAGGCCUUACCUUCGCACACCCCGCCACAAGAUCAUCAAGGCGGCAUGCCUUGUACAGCAGAAGAGGCAGGAAUUCCUGGCUUCCGUGGCUCGGGGAGUUGCUCCUGCAGACUCACCUGAAGCUCCCAGGCGCAGCUUUGCUGGUGGAACAUGGGAUUGGGAAUAUUUAGGAUUUGCAUCACCUGAGGAAUAUGCUGAAUUUCAGUAUCGGAGGAGGCACAGACAGCAGCGCCGGCGAGGAGACGUGCACAGUCUGCUCAGUAACCCUCCAGACCCUGAUGAGCCCAGUGAAAGCACUUUAGAUCUCCCAGAAGGUGGCAGUGGCCGCAGACCAGGCACCUCCGUGGUCAGUUCUGCGUCCAUGAGUGUGCUGCACAGCUCUUCCUUGCGUGACUACACCCCUGCCAGUCGCUCGGAGAACCAAGACUCUCUUCAGGGCUUAUGAGAUGGCCACCUCUGCAUGUCUGAGCCUGGCGGCACUUCGCAGAUGGCCCUCCUUCCCUCUGGUCAGCACAAGCUAGCCUUGGCCAUGGGCCUACCGUCCAAUCAAUUGCAAAAUAAAAAUAAAAAGGUUGAUUAUAUCCAAGUAGAUGUUCAGAGCAGCAAACACAUACUCUUCAGGGUCCAGCUGCACAUGAUGGCUCCCCCCCAUCAACAGCUGCACAUCCAUCACCAAGUACUUAAAGAAAAGAAAGAAAAAUUAGCUACUUGAACUGUUCAUUCCUAUCCAAUAACUGUCCUAAACCAUCUGGGAAAGUUAGCAUCGAUACACAUGAUUGCGGAAAGUCGGCUUGUGGCUAUAUAUGUUGUUAUACAGCCUCAGCCAUUUACAACGUUCACGUUUGCACUCCAUUAAGGCAAAUGCUUUGUCCUUCCUUUGCUUUUCCAGUCCAGUAGCCUUGUGACUUUAGUCAACGAGAUGGGCCAGGUGGGCAUAUUGGACACAGUGAUACUACAAAAUGCCCUGUGUUCUCACUGAACAAAGAAUGAAAAUAAAAUGGUUCCCAGCAUUUAGAUUCACACACAGCAAUAAUUUUGAAUUCCUGGAGCUUUGUGGUGAUGUCGGUAUUUCCAAAAUAGAAUGAGGGAAGGUCAUGUGAGUGAUCAGAGUGGAAGAGAAGGGAGUCAAACCCUAGGCUGGGGGGAUGCUAAAGCAGACGCCGGCCUGGACCACUAGGCCCUUCCCUCCACUCCCCCUCCCCGCUCCCUUUGUGAUUCCAGCAACUCUGGGAGAAGGUUUCUACUUUACCACGUGAUCCAGCAGUCACACUCCUCGGUAUUUCCCCAAAGCAGCUGAAAAUUUAUGUUCACAAAAAAACCUGCACAAGGAUGUUUAGAGCAGCUUCAAGCAAAAUUGCCAAAACUUGGAAGCAACCAAGAUGUCCUUCAGUAGGUGGCUAAAUACAUAAACUGUGAUACAUCCAGACCGAAAUGAGCUCUCAAGCCAUGAAAAGACACAGAGGAACCUUAAAAGUGCACAUUACUAGGUGAGAGAAGCCAGUCUGGAAAAGCUACAUACUGUCUGAUUGCAACUAUAUGACUUCUGGAAAAGGCAAAACUAGGAAACAGUAAAAAGGUCAGUGGUUGCCAAGGGUUGGAGCCAGGGGAGGAAUGAGUAGGCAGAGCAUGGGAUAUUUAGGGCAGUGAAAAUACUCUGUAUGAUACCAUAACGAUGGAACAUGUCGUUUAUUAUCCAUUUUUCCAAAUGCAUAGAAUGUACACCCACAGUGAACCUAAUGCAAACUGUGGAGUUUGGGUGAUAUUGACACCUCAAUGUAGGUUCAUCAGUGUAACAAAUGUACCUCUCAGGGGAGUAUAGUUAAUAAUAGGGGAGGCUGUGCAUGUGUGGGCAGGGGUAUAUGGGAAUCUCCGUAUCUUCCUCUUGAUUUUGCUCUGAACUUAAAAGUGCUCUAAAAAAUCAUCCUUAUAAAAGGGGGAGGAGGAGCAGGGGGAGGAGGAGGAGAGGAAGGAAGAGGAGAGGGAGGAGGAAGAGAGGGAGGAGGUGGGGAGGAGCAGCAGCAGCAGCAAGUCUCCAGGAGUGCUUUCCAGUGAAUCACUGACUCUACUUGACUCCACGCUUAGCACAAGGGCUAAGGUGGCACCUUCCAUGCAUGUACCCUACUCUGCCAAGAGAAGGAGAAAUGGACUUACAAAUGAGAAGAGCACAGUUCCGAGUGCAGCAUACAACAGAUGCAACCACUGCAAGAAGAAAGGAGACAACUGAAUAUUAAGAACAAGAUUUGAAAUAACAAAAGGGCGCACUUAGGUCACUGCUGUUAGAUAAGGACCCAAUUUUAAGAAAGUCAUAUCUGGCUUUGAUCCCUCCUGCUCCCAGGAUGAAUUAUUUAAUGUCUCUGAACCUGUCUUCUUAUCUAUAAAAUAGAUGAGAUGUGUACUUUUCAGGAAUGUUGUGAGAACUGAAUUGGAUGCCUAUAUGACAAACACGUGGGCCUAUGUCUGAUACCUGUGAGAAGUCAGUGAAUAGAUUAAACAAAAAAGGGAAUAAAGAAAAAAAAUAGGAGCCUCCUCUAGCUGCUGUUGGAAAAGUCCUACGGAGCCCAUCUCCACUUCCAUCACUUCAAACAAGCAGCACAAGGAGUCUGAUCUACCCUGGGCGCGGGUCCACCCACACUCCUCCUAGGGAAGGACAGCGGUAGUCCAGGGGAGGAGCUCCACCAUCAUGGCCCAGACCUCCUGUCCCUGGGACCCAACCACCUGGCCAGCCCCUGGGACGGGCCUCACAGUCCUACUGCCCCAGGGCCACUGCAGCCGGCUCCUGGGCCACACUCCACUUCUCAGUUGGUGGGAGACACGGGACCACUGUGCUGGGACGUGGACGUUACCUCCAGGACUUGCUGGUGGCCUUGCUGAGCCUUUCAUCGUCCAGAAUGCUCCCACGGACCCCCUUCCGGUCCCUCACCUGGGGUCGCAUUGGCCCUCGAGGUCGGAAGGCUCUACCAGCCUUCGUCGCUCCCCCACUCCUCUCUCGCAGACAUUUCUCCCAGGAAAGUCCCCCCACUCCCAUCUCGGCUCUGCCUCUCAGAGGCUCCAUCCUGACACCACCAGCCCCUCUCCCGGAUCCCUAACUGUCCUCCGGGGGAGGCCCACUUACGUAUGACCGUAUGAAGAUUAAGAGGAUUCCGUAGAUUAAAAGCACGACCAGCAAGACGAACAGCACUUCAUUGAGCAGGGUGAAGUCCAGCUGGGGAAACACACACCAGGCACAGCUCAGUCACCGCCUCCACGGAAUCCCGGGAGGAUGAGGACGCGCCUCAUACCCUGCAGACAGAAACUGGCCCGUUGGCUAAUCAUGUACCAGGCCAGUUUGGAGAACCAGGGAAAUCCAUCAGCCCAACCGCUGACAAGACAUGAAGGGCCCUGCUGCCUGGGACUUGCUGCUGGCGGGAGGGGAGGGAGGGCUGUGGGGAAAUCACAGGGGCCGCGAGGGGAUGGUUUUUGAAGCUGGCGGUGGGCACAUGGGAGUUCGUUUUGCCGCUCUAUUUUUGUAUUUCUACAAAAUGUUCCCUAAUGAAAAGGCACAUUGAAUGAGCAGGAUGUAAAUGUGUAUGUGUAGCAUGCUCAUAAUUAUGCUCAUAAUUACCCAUAUCUUCAAAGUGUGAGCAUAGACUACAUUAAUGAAAUAAAAUAGACCUAGAGGUUAAUUAACUGGGUGCCCUUUUCACAUUUGUAUGCAUACCUUUGAAUAAAAAAAUAUAUACAUAUA